GUGUUCCAUUUGACAUGGAACUUGAAAUGCAACGCCAUCUGCGUGUCAACUUUUGCAAAGUUUCUACUUUAUUCGAGUAUUGAAACAAUUUUUUGUUUUUUAUUCAAAAAAAUCCAUGAAAAUUCUUGAAAAGUUAAUUUAAAUCAACAAUAAAAUCCAUAUGGUUAUAAGUUAUAACAAAAAAAAAAUUCACAUGGAUAAAAAUCAACGACGCAAAUCAUUCGAACUUUGUCGGAAAUAUGCAAUCGAUGACAGUUCAGGGGACCAGUUCUAGAGUAUAGACCACCAGAGAUUGACAGCUGAUUUCACGUGUGUUUUUAUCAGAUUCGAAUAAACAUUUGUUUUGAAGGGCGAUCGUCGAUAUAGGAAUUGUAAUUGUUUUCAUCAAAAGACCGCAUCGCAUGUAGUGACAAUGGUUUUCGUGACUAUUUCCAAUUUCUGCAAAUCGUCAGUCAAAUUCAAUAAAAAAUAUCAGCUGAAGUUCAUUGACUCAUUGCGGCUUAACGUUAAAGGUGGUCACGGAGGCAAUGGAUAUCCAAAAUAUGGAGGCAUCGGAGGGCAAGGCGGCUGUAUUCAAUUUGAAGCAAAUGAGAAAGUAACGCUGAAUGCACUGGCGAAAAGAAACAAAAAGAGUCCAAUUAAAGCUCAAUCUGGAGAGGAUAGUUCAAAAGCGCGUGUUUUAGGUCGUCGAGGUGACGAUCUAAAUCUGAAAGUGCCAAUUGGAGUAACAGUGUUUGACGAAAAAAAUAAGAAAAUCGCUGAACUUAAUGAGCCGGGCGAUACUUGUAUCGCAGCCAAAGGUGGCAUUGGCGGUUGUUCCGGCAAUAAUUUCCUAGGCACCCGAGGACAGGAACGAAUCGUUACAUUGGAUCUUAAGUUAAUCGCCGAUGUUGGAAUGGUUGGAUUUCCAAAUGCCGGCAAAAGUACACUUCUUAAAGCACUAUCACGAGCAACGCCGAAAAUAGCCAAUUAUCCUUUUACAACACUUCGUCCACAGAUUGGCAUUAUUGAAUACAGUGACUUCCGUCAAAUAACCGUAGCUGAUUUGCCGGGUUUAAUUGAGGGAGCCCAUGCAAACAUCGGAAUGGGACACAAAUUCCUAAAGCAUAUCGAAAGAACGAAACUACUCUUAAUGGUAGUCGAUCUGUUUGGAUUCAGGUUCAGCGUUAUACAUCGGCUACGAACAUGUAUGCAAAACAUUUAUGCACUGAACAAAGAGCUCGAACUGUACGAUGAAGACCUUUUGGAUCGGCCGUGUAUAUUGCUUUUGAAUAAAAUCGAUAAAGAGGGAGCUCAAAGUGAAUACGAUCAGAUUAAGGAGAAAAUUUUGGAUUUAAAAUCACACACGAGUGAUUGUCCCGAAGAGUUGCUGUCUAAUCGAUUCAUACAGUUUGAUGAUGUGCAUGUGAUUUCGGCCAAAAAUGAAAUUGGCAUCGACAAUGUGAAAGCGUCCAUACGGCAAACGCUCGAUAAAUACGCUGAAGAGAAUCUAAACGAUGCAUCAAACGAAUUGAAGCCAAAUAGUAGGCAAAUUACGGGAGAGAAUCACUGAAUUAAAUUGUUGUUGUAAUUGUAGAUUAAUAAAAUUACACUUAUGAAAAUGUUUAUAUUCAAA